AUCAAGGUAGUCUACCAUAAUAACCAAGAUGGCGUCCGUUCCCACACCGGAGGAGCUGAAAAAGCUAAAAGUCGUAGACUUAAGGGAAAAACUUUCGAAAUUGGAACUACCAACUGCAGGUUUAAAAGCAGAGCUUAUUGGACGACUACAUAAUUACUAUGUCCAGGAAAGUCUCAAGCAAGAUGAAGGGGAAUCAUCUCCAAUGGAAGAGGAAUCUCCUGAUGAAGAGAAGGAGGAGGAUUUGCCACCUGUACCAGUGCAAGUACAAAAAACAGAGGUUCCUGAUAGUCCUGGGCCAUCUCGAUCAGUAGAUGAAGAUCUCCAGCGAAAGGUGGCUCUCCAGCAACAGAUGAUAGUGGUGGAGCACCAGCAAGAACAGGAGAAGAAACUACUAGAGCAACAGAAGGAAGCUCUUGCAUUACAGGCCCGACAACAGGCAGCGGCAGCUAUGAUGAUACAGCAGCCUCAGCAUGUGGCCCCUCCUCCCCCUCCUGCACCAGUGUCUGCACCUCCCCCUCCUAACAUAGACCUGAUGGAAAAGGUCAGACAACAGCAACAGAUGCUAGAGGCAGAGAAACACAAACAGAUGAUGGAACAGCAGCAAAAGAUGAUUCAACAACAACAGCAACAGCAGCAACAGCAGCAACAACAGCAAGCUAUCAGUCAGGCAGAGGCAGAGCGAAGAAUCAAGGAGGCAGAGAUCUUCAGACAGCAAAAAUUUGCUCUGAUAGAGGCUCAAAGAGAGGAGCAGCAGAUGAGAAUGCAGAAGGAACAGCAAAGACCACCUGCCCACCAGAUGCCAGUGCCCCCUCCAGGCCUCCCUGUGAUGUCUCACCCACAACCACCAUCCACCACCAUACAACAGCAACCUCCACAGGCUCCCCCACCUGUUCAGAUUUCAACUCCAUUGCCCCCACAGAUGCCUCCCCAGAUAAGUGGACCACCUCCCCCAGUGGGUCCCCCUCAUGGCCUUCCCCAGCCAGCUCCGGCUCCUCCUGGUAUGGGUCCACCACCAGAGCUUAUGAGCUUACCUCCACCCCCUCAUGGAGUACCUCCCCCUCAAAAUCUUGGAAUGAUGCCACCCCAGGGAUCACCUAUGCAGACUGGUGCACCUCCCCCUGGGAUGCCACCUCAGCAACAGAGGGAUUCUGGUAUGCAGCAGAUGAUGCAACCUGCACAGUCCAUGAUUCCACAACAACAGGCACCUCCCACAGUGUCAGAGCCACAUCAUGAAGGACCACCUCCUCCCUUACAGCCACCAAUGAGGCCACCCCCUCCACAGCAAUCACAAAUGGGCAUGCCACCCCCACCAAUGUUACAACAGCCGCCAGGACCACCAUCAUCCAUGGUUCAGCUAAGUGGCCCCCCUCCACAGCAAUCUGGACCACCGCCACCACGGCCCACAGGCAUGCUCCCAGGACCCCCAAUGUCUGGACCACCACCCCCAGGGGUAGUCCAGACACCACCACAGGAGAAACUUCCAUCUCCACAGCUGGAGCCUCCCCAGCCACCGCCUCCUAAGGAGAUAAAGCUCCCUCAUGCUCUGGAGAAGAUUCUCGCCUUUAAGGAUGUGAGGGCUCAAGAGGUUGGGCUUACCCCAGAGGAGGUCGAGAUCAUGCAUCAGCCUGAGGAGAGGGAGGAGGUGGAUGAGAUGGAGGGUGAAGAAGAUGAGGAUGUUGGGUAUGGUACUUAUGAUAUGGAUGAAGAAGCUGAUAAGACAGAGGAAGUUCCUGUAGAAAAAGAGUCCAAAAAUAAAAGAAGAAGAAAGAAGAAAAAGAAAGCAAAGAAGAAUCGUCUGCAGCAGCAGCCUGUGUCAGAAAAUACACGGAAAGAUGACUCCGAGGAAGAUGUACAGAUUGAGUACAUACAGGAGCAAUUAGAUCUUGAACCUUCAGAUCCAAGCUACUUCACAUUUGCAAAGAUAUUUGAGGCAUUUAAGAUUUCUGAGAAUGAGAGACAAAAGGAAAAGAAGGAAGAAAAGGUUGAAGAAAAGAAAAGGGAAGAAAUUCCUGAGCCAAGGGGCAUUUUUGAUGAAGAUGACAGUGAUGAAGAUGAGGAUAAGAAAUUAGAUGACGAUACACCCAAGAUGUCAAAGAAGAAGCUUAAGAAGAUGACUCGGCUAAGUGUUGCACAGCUGAAGCAAUUGGUGAGUCGCCCCGAUGUUGUGGAAAUGCAUGACGUUACGGCCCAGGACCCACGUCUGUUGGUACAACUCAAGGCAACACGUAACACAGUGCCCGUCCCCCGGCACUGGUGCUUUAAACGAAAGUAUCUUCAGGGCAAAAGAGGAAUAGAGAAACCUCCUUUUGAGCUGCCAGAGUACAUCAAGGCUACAGGCAUCAUGGAAAUGAGAGAAGCACUUGCUGAAAAGGAAGACCAGAAAACAUUGAAAGCAAAAAUGCGAGAAAAAGUACGACCAAAAAUGGGGAAAAUAGAUAUUGAUUAUCAAAAACUUCAUGACGCUUUCUUCAGAUGGCAGACCAAACCUAAAAUGACAAUACAUGGUGAUUUAUAUUAUGAGGGAAAAGAAUUUGAAACACGAUUAAAAGAAAAGAAACCUGGAAAUUUAUCGGAUGAAUUAAGAACGGCUCUAGGCAUGCCAGUGGGACCAAAUGCAGAUAAAUUUCCUCCCCCAUGGUUGAUUGCUAUGCAGCGAUAUGGUCCACCACCCUCUUACCCAAAUUUAAAAAUUCCUGGACUUAAUGCUCCGAUUCCUGAGUCGACCUCCUUCGGUUACCAUGCAGGAGGCUGGGGAAAGCCACCAGUUGAUGAGAACGGCAAACCUUUAUAUGGAGAUGUUUUUGGCACACAAAGUGGUGACUUCCAGGUCGUGGUGGAAGAAGAGGAAAUAGACAAGUCCCACUGGGGCGAGCUUGAGGAGGAAUCAUCAGAGGAAGAGGACUCUGAUGAGGAUGACGAAGAUGAAGAAGAUAUGACAGGUCUAGUCACCCCAGGGGGCGAAGGAUUGGUAACCCCAAGUGGAAUCACAUCAGUACCGAUGGGUGUGGAAACACCAGAUAUGAUAGAAUUGAGGAAGAAGAGGAUAGAGGAUGCCAUGGACCAAGGGGGAGAAACUCCUGCUCUCUACACAAUCUUACCAGAGAAAAAGUCGGCUGUGGGUGGGGCAAUGAUGGGCUCAUCACAUAUAUACGACUUGGCAGCGGGUGUGCCUGGGAGUAAGAAGACAGACAAGGUGGCCCCAGAGGGGAUAGAGGUGGCCCUGAAUCCAGAGGAAUUGGAUCUUGACAGUGCAGCUAUGCAGGCCAAGUAUGACCAGACAAUGAGGGAACAACAAUCACAGCUAGAGAAAGAGGAUCUCAGCGACAUGGUCGCCGAACAUGCAGCCAAGCAGAAGAAACGAAAGAAACAACAACAGGAUAGUGGAAAAGCUGCCAAAAAAUACAAAGAGUUCAAGUUUUAAUGUCAUGUUGUCUGUCUGUUGUUGUGGUAACCUUUGAUGCUAUAUGUGUUCAUGGACAAAAAUAAUGGAAUUGAAAAUCAUGUAAUGGUGUGAAAGGUGUGGAAAUGAUGGGAAUUUGUGGUAAUUGUCGGUACUGGACAUUCUUCUGAGAACUAAGUUACAUGUAUCAAAACAUUCUACUUACAGUUUUAGAAGUGCUGACUAUCUCGUGUGAACCCUUCAUUUCUACAGAUUGAGAGGUAUUUGGAAGGUUAUGCAAGGAAUAAAAUUUUAACACUGUCA